AUGUUUUUGAUGAUUUCUAAUUUUAUUUACGAAAAGAAGAGUUUUAUUGAUUUUUCUUCUUCUUUUCUUGUCUCGCAACAAAAUCUCAAGAUGCUCUUUGAAGAAGAUUACGCAGCAGGUCAAAAGAGUGAAAAAGGGUCAAGUGUAAAGAACCAAAAAGUGGAAAAUAAAACUUCACUGCAUUGUUGGUUUUUGGAAUUUAUGAAAAACGUGGUGAGAGUUGCGUAA